CCAGAUAUACUCUAUUUACGGAUAUUCCAACAAUACCCUCCGAAUAUUCCCUCCCUUUUACCGUUAUAUUACCCACCUCUCUUCCCUUUUUCCUCCUCUUCUUCUUCCCAACCUCAUCAUAUACACACUUUCCCUUCCAAACACUUUCCUCUCCAGUCUCCACUUCAUUUCUUUUCUUCUCUUUUCUCACGUACCUUUUUUUCUUUUUUUAUAUCAUCGUUUUUUUUCUUUGGUAACGGAAAGCCAUGAAAUUCGGAAAGAGCCUCAGCAACCAGAUCGAGAAAACCCUACCGGAAUGGCGCGACAAGUUCCUCUCUUACAAGGAACUCAAGAAGAAGCUUAAGCAGCUCGAGCCUGCGCCCUCCGCCGGCGAGGACCGCCCCUCCAAACGCCUCAGGAUCGAUGCCGGCAACGGCGAUUCAGCCGCCGACGCCGUGGAUAUGUCCAACGAGGAGAGAGACUUCAGGAACUUGUUGGAGAAUGAACUCGAGAAAUUCAACACCUUCUUCGUUGAGAAGGAGGAAGAGUACAUUAUUAGGCUCAAGGAGUUACAAGAUAGGGUUGCCAAAGUAAAGUAUUCUAGUGAACGGAUGAUGAAAAUUCGCAAGGAAAUUGUGGAUUUCCACGGAGAGAUGGUCUUGCUGGAGAACUACAGUGCCCUUAACUACACAGGGCUAGUGAAAAUACUGAAGAAGUAUGACAAGAGAACUGGUGCUCUCAUUCGCCUGCCUUUCAUUCAGAAGGUCUUGCAACAACCUUUCUUUACCAUUGACCUGCUCUACAAGCUUGUAAAGGAGUGUGAAACAAUGCUGGACCGCCUUUUCCCUAUGAAUGAUCCUCCAGCUUCUGGUGAGACAACUCCCCAAGUUGAAGGGUGCGAUCCUUCAACUUCGACCACUACCAAGAGUGAUGGCUUGCUGAUGCCUAAGGAAUUAGCAGAGAUCGAGUACAUGGAGAGCCUUUAUAUGAAGAGUACCAUAUCAGCUUUGCAUGUUUUGCAGGAAAUUAGAAGUGGAAGUUCGACAGUUAGCAUGUUUUCAUUGCCACCGUUGCAGAUAAGUGGUUUGGAAGAAACAUGGAAGAAAAUCCCGGUUCUGGAACAAGCAGCCAAGUAACCUGCUGGGUUACGUUUUGGGCAAUGUAGUGGGAUGGCUAUUCGCGCCUUUCUUUUUUCUUUCAAAUCCGAUGCCUCUGUUAUGCACGCUUUAGAUACUAACACAGAUGUAAGAUGCUAAAUGUAAAGAUGGAAUUAAUUCUAUAGAAUUAUAGGUUUAAUAUAAUAAAACCUUAAGAAUUCACAGGAGUUAUGUUUUGACAUUUUGCUUACGCUCGUAUUCAAUAUGUAAUGUAAUUAGAUAUUAUUCUGUAUCUGCUUCAUAAUAU